GCCAGCGGUGACAGCUGACAGCUGAGGCCGUGUCAGUGGCUCCUGAAUGAGGCUUUAUCUCUGCCUCCCCGUCCAGUCCCUUCGUCCACCCUGGCCCAGCACCGCCGGACAGCCAGGAUGGGACCAGCUACCAAGAGAGCCAGAGAGAUCAUGGUCUCCGCGCCCUGGGCGGUAAGAGGAGCGGGACUGGGCGCCUGUGCCCGCCGAGCAGGUGUGUGGGGACUCCAGGCCCCGAUGCCCACCCUCUAAGGCCUCACCCUGAUCGCCGCCAGCGACUGCCAUGCCUGCGGGGGAGCCUCGAGGCCCGCCGGGCCUGGUGCUGCCCCCCGACGUGCUGGCCGAGCAGGUGGAGCUGUGGUGGUCCCAGCAGCCCCGGCGCUCGGCGCUCUGCUUCGCCAUGGCCGUGGCCCUGGUGGCGGGCUGUGGGGCGGGCGGUGUGGCCCUGCUCUCCUCCACCAGCAGCCGCUCCGGAGAGUGGCGGCUGGCGGUGGGCACGGUGCUCUGCCUGCUGGCCCUGCUGGUCCUGGUGAAGCAGCUGAUGAGCUCGGCCGUGCAGGACAUGAACUGCCUCCGCCAGCCCCACCACGUGGCCCUGCUGCGCAGUGGCGGGGGGGCCGACGCUCUCGUGGUGCUGCUCAGUGGCCUGGUGCUGCUGGUCACCGGCCUGACCCUGGCCGGGCUGGCCGCGGCCCCCGCCCCUGCCCGGCCUCUGACUGCCAUGCUCUCUGUGGGCAUCGCCCUGGCAGCCUCCGGCUCCCUCUUGCUGCUGGGCUUGCUGCUGUACCAGGUGGGCGUGAGUGGACACUGCCCCCACAUCUGCACCACCACCCCCGCCACCCUCAGUGACCGCAGCGGCGAUGGCAGCGUCUUCAGUGUCUCAGGACAGUUGUCUGCGGGCCGGCGGCAGGAGACCACCUCCAGCAUCGCCAGCCUCAUCUGACCGAGGCACACUGCCUGCCUCAGCACCCGAAUUGUGCCAGCGUGUGAGGGUGCACGUGUAGUGUGCGUAUGCAUGCAUGAGUGUAGGGCCACGAGUGAGCAGGCAUGCAUGUGUGUGCUUGAGAGCAUGUGUGUGUACAUGUGCGUGAGCGCAUGUGUGAGUGUGUGAGUAUAUGAGUGCUGUGUGUGAGUGCAUGUGCGUCUGCAUGAGUGUGUAUGUGCACGUAUGUGCAUGAGUGUGCGAGUAUGUGCAUGUGUGUGUGCUCAUGACUCUGUGAGUGUAUGUGCAUGUGAGUCUGAGUACAUGAGUACAUGUGUAUGAGUAAGUGCAUGUGGUGUGUGCAUUAGUGUGUGCGUGCAGGAGUGUAUGAGUAUGGCUGCAGUGUGAGUGCAUGUGUAUGCUCAUGAGUGUGUGCAUACAUGUGUGUGCAUAUGAGUAUGUGUAUAAGUGAGUACCUGUGUGUAUUCAUUAGUGUGUGAGCACAUGUGUGCGCGCGAAUGCGUGAGUAUAUGUGAAUGCAUGUACAUGCAUGUCUGUGUGUGUGUGUGUGUGUGUGUGUGUGAAGAGGAGUGUGAGUCCUGGGGAGUGUGUGCAUGUCCCCAGCACCGUCCGUCCCUCCUGUAGACUGUAAUGUGUUUGUACCCAAACACCCCUCAUGGAGCUUGAGUGCGUCUCCUCAGAACCGGAUGUCUGUGGCCAUGCAACUUCUGGAAAAUGCCUGGCAGUAUCUGGGGCCUCUGGGCGGAGCAGUAUCGGGGAUCCCUGAAGAUGACAGCCCCUGUUCCCAGCAGCCCUCAAAGCCAGGCCUGCCGCCACCACCAUCGGGGACUUGACACAAGCAGUGGCUGCCGCAGAGACUGCACCCAUGAGAGCCUUCCCCGAGGAGAGAGGAAGGACGGAGUGGAGCUGCCCGUUUGCCACAGGGGCCUUGGGCCAGCGGCUCGCUUGCCUCUCUCAGUCUGUUACGGGGGUGCUGGUGGUGGCUGUGGGGAGCAUUUGAGACGAGGGGCAUGCAUGGGAGUUGGGCCUGUGAACAAAAAUGAUGGCUGCUGUCUUAUCACUGCCUUGACCUUGCCCUCUUCCCCAGAGCCCCUUCUUCCCCGCCCGCACCCCUUCUCACGCCCACACUUGGGGCCCAUUCAGGCUGACCCCAGCUUCUGGCCUGUGGCAUCUCUACUUCCGUGCUCAGAAGCUGGCACCGAGCAGGGGAGAGGGUGUGCCAGCUCCCGGAGGUGGUGGGUGGCGGGUCCCAGGGUGCAGCUGGGAGCUUGAGGAUUUCCACGUGCGUGGGUGCUGCUUCCUGGGGAGACCUUCCCCAGCAGGACAGACCAACCGCCUUCUCUGGGGGCUGCAGCGCUCAACGGCACCUCCAAAGCCCAAACAUCCUGGUCUGUGGAGUCAUUCCACCCACAGGCCUGCCUCUGUUUGAAACCCCUGUGGGCGUAAGAGUCACUUCCUAUUCCAGGUCAGCCCCGGGAGUCUCCUAGGGUGCGGGGGUACUUCCUGGGAGCCAGCGGGAAAGUUCCACUGGAAGCGCCAGCACGGAGAGGCGCCUCCUAAGAGGUGUUGGACUUGGGCUCAGGGGCGCAACCGCUGGCACCUUGCCUCCUGCAGGAUCGCUGAGUGGUGGCAAGGGGAAGGGAGUUGCCGCCGAGGGCAGGAGGGCUGUGGGCAGGAGGGCCAUGGGCAGGGAGAAAUGGGCUUGUCUAGGAGCAGCAGGUCUUUCACGGACACCUCAGGCCCAGCGUGUUCGGGAUGAAACCCCACUCCUUGUCCCUCCUCUCACACUGCCUCCUCCGCCUCCUCGUUCCCGUGGCAUCCGGGUCAGAGCCUCUGUGCGGCUCCACACAGCCCCCCAGGCUACCUCCUCACCCCGCGCCCAAUAAACGCAUUGACUUCCGA